AUGUCGUACCAGCAAGGCUACCCACCGCAAGGCGGCUAUCCUCCGCAAGGUGGCUAUCCCCCACAAGGCUACCCUCCGCAAGGUUACCCUCCCCCGCAGCAAGGCUACGGUCCUCCACCAGACCAAUACGGCGCGCCGCCGCAGGGCUAUCCUCCGCCGCAAGGCUAUCCUCCGCCGCAAGGGCAAGGUUAUCCUCCACAGCAGCAGUGGAAUGCGCCUCCAGGCCCUCCUCCACAACACCAGCAAUAUGGCGCACCUCCCGGACCCCCUCCCCAGCAACAGUAUAGCGCUCCUCCGCAGGGCUACGCGCCGCAGCAGGGGUAUGGCGCACCGCCACCGGGUCAAUAUGGCGCACCACCUGGUCCGCCUCCACAGCAAUACGGCGGCUAUGGCGCACCACCAGGUGGCCAGCCCACACCUCCGUCACCCGGCUAUGUCCGCGGCCAGACUGCUCCGAUCGACAUGACCCCACAAGCCGAGGGCCUGCGCAAAGCGAUGAAAGGCUUCGGCACGGACGAAAAGGCCCUAAUCGCCAUCCUCUCGAAACCGAAUCCCAUCGAGAUGGAGACGCUCCGCACGACCUUCGAGCGGCGCUUCAUGAAGAAACUGCUCCAGGAAAUCGACAAGGAGACCUCCGGCUACUUCCAAUACGGGCUCCAGGCCCUCGUCCGCGGACCACUAAUGCAGGACGUCUUCAUCCUGAACGAAGGCAUCAAGGGUAUGGGCACCAAAGAAACCUUCCUCAACGACGUCCUCCUCGGCCGCUCCAACGCCGACAUGCACGCCAUCAAGCAGGCCUACCAAGAUACCUACAAGCGCAGUCUCGAGGCCGACCUUCGUGGCGACCUGUCCAUGAAGACAGAGCAGCUCUUCAUGAUGGUCACCGCCGCCCGCCGCGACGAGGACUCCGCGCCUGUCAUCCCCCAGCAGAUCGACGCGUGGGUCACGGAGCUGCACGGCGCGACCGCGGGCCGCAUGGGCAAGGACUCGGCGACCGUGUGCGCGAUGUUCUGCAAUCGCAACGACGCGCAGCUACGCGCCAUCAACCAGGCCUACGGGGCUAAGUACGGGAAGCAGCUUGAGAAGGUGAUCGCGGCCGAGUUCAGCGGCCACAUGGAGGAGGCGCUACUGCUGCAGCUGGCCCGUGCGGUCGAUCGCGCUAGGUCUGACGCGGUGCAGCUGGACGACGCGAUGAAGGGCAUGGGCACCAAGGACGAGCUGCUCGUCAACAGGGUCGUGCGCGCACAUUGGAACAGGGGACAUAUGCAGAAUGUCAAGGCGGCGCAUAAGCAUGUCUACAGGAAGGAGCUUAUCGAUCGCAUCAAGAGUGAGACGAGGGGCGAUUAUGAGAGGUUGAUGGUUGCGUGCUGCGAAUAG